AUGAAUUCACUGCACGAAGCCUCGUCGAAUCCAGAAGCCUUUGUUACGGGAGGAACGUCAGAGGAACAAGGAUAUCAGGCCUUCUACUUGAUCCAUGAUGAGACAGGAGAGCUCAUGCCUACCACUAUUGUAGCAGUGCAUGAUGUCCGAACGGAUCGCCUUUUUCUAGCAGGCGUGUUUUCGCGGGGCAUCAGUAUCUGCAAAGCGACAUAG